AUGUCCGACUCGGAAUCGUCCCCGCUGCUCUCAGCGGAUGAAAAUGCGCCGCGACACGAAGUCGAGACCGGAACUGAGUCGACGCCGCUACUCUCGACCGACGCUGCCCACUACGAUGGAGCCGAACAAGAGCAACAGAACGGCAACGACGAUGCGUCCAUCAGAUCGUACCGCAGCGGCGGUUCCACGGGAAAGCCGCCACGACGGAGAUGGGCCUCGAUCAUCGCCAUGAUCAUCCUGGGCGUGCUCACGAUCAGCAUCAUGUUUGGCGCCUUCUUUGUGCCAAAGGCCGUCGAGGAAUACGCCAAGGAGGCUGCCGUACUUGAGCCAACAAACCUUUCGCUCGAGUCCAUCACUGCGAAUGGUGUCCGCGCGCGCAUCCAGGCCAACUUCAAGCUGGACGGGUCGAGGGUCGAGAACGAGCAUGUUAGGAGAGUGGGACGUGUCGCAACAUGGUUCGUUCGCGGACUCGGCACUGACGCCACACAAGUCCAUGUCUUCCUCCCAGAGUACGACAAUGUUCGCCUCGGUAGUGCUGCGAUACCACCGCUCGACCUGAAGAUCAACGGCGACAACACGGCCAUCGAUUUCGUCGCCGAGCUCAUGCCUGGAGAGGCUGACGGUAUACGUACCAUCGCGAACGAGUGGCUAGAAGGCAGGCUAGGGAGGCUUCGAGUGCAAGGGAAGGCCGACAUUACACUCAAAACGGGUAUCAUUCCGCUUGGCACGCACGCAGUGUCUGAAGCCCUGACUAUUGAAGGGAGCGACGUGCCCAGCAUUCCACAGUACAAUAUCACUAAGGUGUUGUUCCGAGACAUUGACAACCACACUGUGGCUGCUGAUGUGUCUAUUGAUGCGCUGAACAAGUACCCCGUCGAAGUGGAUAUUCCACCACUUGGCUUCGAGAUUCUUGUGCCAAACUGCGGGCUCAACGACCCUUACAUCCUCGUCGCUGACGCCCUGACGGACCCUAUAGGCAUACGACCCCGCGAACUUGUCGUUGCUAGCGUCCACGGGGUGAUUAGGCACCUUCCAGACGCAUUGACGCGGUUAUGUCCCAACUCUGAAUCGUCGCCCUUGGACCGAUUCCUGAAGGAAUAUCUCGGCGGAAAAGCUGCUACCGUUUUUGUGAGAGGGAAGCAACAGACGGGGCUUGGUACCCCUCAGUGGGUGGAUGAAAUUUUGUCUCAGGUCACUGUGCCAGUACCAUUCCCGGGUCGCACCUUUGAUAACCUCAUCCGCAAUUUCUCCUUGACCGACGCACACUUCAGUCUGCCUGAUCCGUUGGCUGACCCCGACGACACCGCAUCAAAUCCGACAGUGUCAGGCACUAUCAAUGUCAUUGCUGGACUUCCCAAGGACAUGAACUUUGGAAUCAACGUCACCAAAGUUCGCGCAUCCGCCGAUGUCUUCUACAAGAGCAAGAAGCUGGGUAUUCUGGACGUGAGCCAGUGGCGAGAUGCAAACUCCACGAAGAUCCAGGAUGACCCUGAAGACCCCGAGCUGAAAAUCACGUCUCGCAUCGAUGAUGCGCCUCUGAACGUGACCGACAGCGACGUUCUUACCGAUGUGAUUCAGACCCUGCUGUUUCAGGGAAAGUCGGUUCGUUUGGAUGUCAAGGCUCUGGUCGAUGUCAAGGUCCAAACGGUCCUUGGACAGCUGGUUUUGAAAGAUGUCCCCGCUGAGGGCAAGAUUCCAGUAAAACCUAUCAUGAAGAAGCCAAACGGACCAAAAGAAGACCCGCUCCACAGCAUCAACCCAAGAGUUGGCAACAUUAUGAUUAUGAACACAUCACCAGGUUCAAUAGAGUUGCGAGCGCUUGUCAACAUAACGAAUCCGUCACCUUACACUGCGCACAUCCCCUAUGUCAACGCUCAUAUUCUCUGCAACGAAUCCGUGAUCGGUGAAGUCACUGCGGAAGAUCUCGAUAUAUCGAGGGGCAACAACACGAACCUCAUUGUUACGGCAAAGUGGAAUCCAUCACUAGGUGGCGAAAAGGCCAAGGUCAUCGCCAGAGAUCUAAUGUCCCAAUACCUCUCUGGCCGGAACACGUCGCUCACCCUGCCCGGCGACGACGACGGGGACGGUGGAGGCAGCGAUAGGGCGGGUCACUUUAUCAGAGGCGCAACGUUCCACGUUGUCUCCUCCUCAGCGACCUUCACUCUCGUCAGUCCACUGCAGUAUAACACCGUGUACAUUGAACACAUCAACGCCACCGCAUUCUACAACCAUACCGAGCCCGUCGGCAAGAUCGUCUACGACUUGCCCAUCGCUGCACCACCUGGCUUGUCGCAGACUCCACGGCUGCCGGUAGACUGGAGUAUUGGUAAUGGCGACACGUAUGACAAGAUCAGAAAUGCGCUCGGCGGGGGCUUGAAGCUCGACGCGAAAGCUGUUGUCGGGCUGAGAAUAGCAAAUUGGAGGGAAACGGUCUGGUACGAGGGUCGGGGCAUCGGCGCCAAGGUCAGGCUGUGA